CGAUAAAGUCAAAAGCAUAUCAAUAUGUCAUCAUCAGAACGUGCUGUUCCUGCAGACAAAGGUUUCCGUUUAAAAAACACAAUGGCUUCGGUUGUACCAGAGUCCUUAAACGGGGGUUCAUCGACGCCGGGUGAAAAUGAAUACCCGUCGGGUUUCCCUCAGAGCAUCUGCGAUGAGCUGCCGAAGCAGAAGUAUCUGUGUAGUAACUGUAAUAAUGUAUUGAAUAAAGCGCGUCAGACGGUGUGCGGUCACCGAUACUGCCUCGCGUGUAUCAACUGGCUGCUCAGAAACAACAAGGACCUUGUGUGCACGAAAUGUAAAGAAGGGGACCAGAGCGCUGAAAACGACACUAGUGUUUUGACUACUGACCAGUUUUUCAACGAUGCAGCUAUUAAUAAGGAAAUUUUGGACCUGAAAGUUCACUGCGCUAACCAAGGCUGCCCGUGGAGAAGCACCCUGAGGAACUUUGAGGAUCAUCAGAGUCAGUGUGAAUAUGCCCUGAUUCCUUGUAACAUCGGCUGCGGCAUUAUGGUUCAGAGGAAGGCAUUGGCCACACAUCUGGAGAGAGGUUGCCCUAACAAUAAGACAACAUGUACCUCUUGCUCUGCUGUCCUGACACCUAGAGAUCUCCAGAAGCAUGUAUGCCCCAACUCAGACAAGAAGACAGCAAAAGCAGAAAAAAGACAAAAGAAAGAUCAACCCAGCAACUCCAAAAAGAAAGAGCCAUGUGUUUUCUCAGAAGUUGGUUGUCCUUUCAAGGGAAACGUUGAUAAAGUCAAAGACCACGAAUCGUGCAGUCACGUUGGUCAUCUGCAGCUUCUCUUGGAGGUCACCAGGGGUCUUCAGCGUACAUUAAAUUCCCAAGAGAGAGGCCAUCACGAAAACCUUGACUUUCUUCAGCCUGGACAGAGUGGAGCUUCUCUUAUUUCUCAUGGUGAGGGCGAGGUCGAGACAGAUGGCGGUGACUCUGGUGUCAGCGAUAAGGCUUUCAGCCUCCAUGACGACCAGGCUGAACUUGCCGUGGGGCAGCAACUGGACGCCCUGCAGCAGAGAGUGCAGGUCAUUGAGAACAUCAUCUCAGCUUUAAACCGAGAGGUCGAGAAGACACAAAUCAGUGUGGUUGCGCUGGAGAGAGACAACCAGAACAAUCAACAGAUCAUUCAACACCUAGAAGCAAAAGUGGCAGAGCAACAGCAGAGGAUGAUCAGAAAAGACAUUCAAAUUACAUCCUUACAGCAGUGCAUCAGCGCCCAGCAGGACGUCUCGUAUGAUGGCACCUUUCUCUGGCGUUUGUGUGAUGUCACCCAGAGACUGAGAGAGGCGGCGACUGGACAUAAAAUCAGUCAGUACUCGCCAGCUUUCUACACUGCCAGGUAUGGAUUCAAAGUAUGCAUGCGGCUCUAUCUGAAUGGAGAUGGAGUUGGAAAAGGAACACACAUCUCUCUUUUCUUUGUUAUAAUGAAAGGAGAAUAUGACCCCAUUCUUUCAUGGCCAUUUAGACACAAGGUUACGUUCUUUCUCAUAGAUCAGAACCAGAGGGAGCAUGUCAUCGACGCUUUCCGCCCAGACCUCUCCUCUGCUUCCUUUCACCGACCCAUCUCUGAGAUGAAUGUGGCCAGCGGCUGCCCCCUGUUCUUCCCACUGGGGAAAUUGAGGUCGCCUAAGCACGCCUACUGCAAGGAUGACACCAUCUAUAUCAAGUGCGUGGUGGAGACAUCCUCCUGAACCUGAUGGCCUGGCUGUUAAGGGGACUAGAAAUCUAAGGGAGGGUGUUUAUACCACCCUCAAAAUGUGUGGACCUGACAGAUAUUUGAACAGAAUAUGAAAUUUUUUAUUUAUACAUUACAUUUAAUUUUGUACUGCAUUUACUGCAUGUACAUCUGAUGUUUUCCUUUGCAAUGCACCAGGGGAAAAUGCUCCUUGAAUGCCGCACCCAUUCCCUGCAAUGAGAUUCCUUGUAUUCGUACACAUCUUCAGAUUGCUCUUCCAGUUACGGCAGUUCUCGAUUUUUUUUUUAAAUUAGUGAUUGUGUUGUGGGCAAACUACAUGCUGUAUAUGCUCCCAAACUUCAUUGGUUUGUGAUGGCUUACACGAUGAAAAAUAUUUGAGAAGUUGUAAAGAGUUUCAUUGAGAAUUAACUCAUCAGUUUUGAUCAAAAAGCCAUAUGCAUUUAGUUAUUGUGCAAACUGUAAAGAAUUGUAUUUACUCUUUGCACCCAUGUGCCAAAACACUUGCAUUUGCUUAAAUCAAUAAGAAAUCCCAAUGUGAUGUGAACAAGAAACUAAUUGUACAAAGAUCUGAACUUAUUGUUUUGAAAAAAAAUAUCAUUUGAGAAUUAAGCCAAAGCAAUUGAAAAAAAAACUGUAAAUGAAAAGUUUAAACUGCAUUGUUUAAUUCAAAUGAGAGCUUUCUUAAGCUGUUUCUUGUACAUUGAGUUGAAUUUGCAAUGCCUUUCUUUGGGAUUAUAAAGAAAAUAUGUUUUGAUACCUUGCUCUUGUUUUAAUAAUGGAUUUAUCCCUGCUUUGUUUUUGGAUAUAUUGUUUUGUAUUUAUUAUAAAAUUAUUUCAUGUAUUUUUACUUUACAUUUUUAUAAAUAUAUACAAAAAUAAAAAA